AUGAAGAGGGCGUGGGGAUUGGAAAAUAAAGUACAGGUUGUGGAUGUCGGAGCAAACCUUUUUCAGUUCAAGUUUCCGAUUGAAUUUGAUUUGGAAAGGGUUUUGAAGAAUGGGUCGUGGACUUUCGAUAACCAAGCUCUAUUACUAGUUCGAUGGAGAGUUGGGAUGACCGCUAGCAAUGUCAAGUUUGAGUCUGCGUCAUUUUGGGUGCAAAUCUGGGGAGCCCCGUUUGACAUGGUCUCUCCAAAAGUAGCAAAGGAAAUAGGGAGUCGGUUGGGAGUUGUUGAAGAAGUGGAGAAGAGGCUGAAACAUGAUACUCCAGGCAUGUUUAUGAGAGUAAAGGCGGCGCUGCCUAUAUCAAAACCGCUUCGGAGAGGGGUGUUUGUUGCUGGAUCAAAUGGACAGAGGACAUGGGUUUCAUUUAGGUACGAAAGGCUUGCUCUGUUUUGCCAUCACUGUGGUUUGCUUGGCCACGACCUCAAGCAUUGUGCUCCACACUUCGCGAUAACAAAGGGAGGUAGAGAAGUUCCUUGCCAGUAUGGGGAAUGGCUGAAGGCCUCAGGGAGUUGUGGUCGGUCUCCAAAUCGGCGAGACCAAGGUCGUGAGGCAGAUGACAUAGGGAACACUGAGAGGAGAACAAUGUAG